AUUCGUCUGACGGACAACAAGCGCACCCGAGCCCCGAACUCAACCCCAAAUUUCACCAAAUUGCAGUGUCGGUGCGUAGGGCCUAGGGCCUAACUGUUUUGAUGCGAACGACCGAAAUCAAUUGCAUAGACUUGAAUUGCAAAGAAACCAUUGAAGCCUAGAAAGUCCCAUGCCCUCUAAGUACAAUAGAAAAAAAAUCUUGAUAAAAUCCCUUCCAACACGAAACGAAACCGGAAACUCACCGAAAUAAGCUCCGACACCGAAACGAAUUAUGGUACAUGUAGACGGUUUCGUCCGCCAUUUUAACGGUGACGGCAUAGUUUCGUCCCCGAAAAUGAAAUAAGUACUGUAAAUGACCUCAUAAAUAUUCUGUAUACGCCUGCGGUCACCCCUUUUCUGCCUAAAUCGACAAAAAUGCCUGCUGCACAAGACAAAGCGAUGGUAGAAAAACUUGUUGAGCAAGUACGGAGUUACCCUGUGCUCUACGAUACGUCCAUGCAAGAGCAUAAAGACGCGCAACUGCUUCGUUACAUCUGGACCUGCAUUGCUGAAACCAUGGGCGACACUAGUUUGGAUGGAGAAGGGUGGAAGAAGAAAUGGAUCAGCCUUAGGGACACCUACACAAGAAGAAAGAGGGAGCUGGUGAAAAAUGGCCCUACUGCCUCAGCAAAAAAGCCCUGGGUUUUCUAUGACUUAUUGUCGUUCCUAGACGAGUAUCCCUGUGGAAAGAGGACAGCAGAAAGCGAUUUUCCUCCCAUCUCAUUCCAGAAGGAAGAGAGCGAGUCUUGCAGACUAGAAACAGUGUCAGAUGAUGAAAGACUAAGUGCAGUUUCUGUUUGCAGCCCAACAACGAGAGAUGAGCAGCAAGGCUUUCCAAGAUGUUCUUCAAUCACUUCACCUGUCGGUCGGAAGAGGCCAAGAGAGGCAGGGUCAACAAACAGUGUUGAUUUUGCUAUCAAAGAGCUAGUCGAUAUGAAAAGAAGUCAAUGUGCAGCUGAAAAGGAGGAGGCCGAACGAGACCCAGAUGGAGAUGAGGCUUUCUUCAAGAGCUGUAGCCGGCGUAUGAAAAAGUUAACACCUCAAGCGAGAUCUUUCCUCAAACUGCAAAUUUCUCAGUUGUUCUUCAAUGCUGAAAACCCCACUCUUCCUCCCAUGUCCAUCACUCCACUCAUGCACACAUUUCAGCCCACCACUGCUACCCCCACAGGAUCAUAUACAAAUGUUAUUCAUCAACAUACAAACAUCCUUCCCCAACAUGCAGCGAGUACCUCAGUUCCCAGCAUCUCAAAUACAGGUGAUCUUAUUCGUGAUGCAAUGAACCGAAGUGAAAUAUGAGCUUCUCAUCUUAUGCUGAAUGAUUAUUAUUCCUGCUGUUGGUGUCAUUGUCAUUAUGGUAUUUUUUUUCUCUAGUCGUUUGACUAAGCAAAUUAUCUAACAAUUUGUGAUGUACAAAGUAUUAAAUUUAUCAAUGAUAUUAA